AAGAGGAAGGUGGGAGGUAACGAAGGAGAGGAGAGAGAGAGAGAGAGAGGGUGGAGUGAAACCACAGCGAUAUUUGGAGGAGGGCGGGACGCAGCCACGCACAAGCGACCACCGCAGGAAGUCACCGCGCGAAUAUUUAGUGCAGCGGUGUGUCAAUGUACAGAGAGAGAGAGAGACACAGAGAGAGAGUGCGUGUGUGUGUGUGAGGGUCUUCAACAUGGGUGUUCACUUGGCUCGCACCUGCACGUCAUUCUCUACACCCGCAUAUAAUUAAUGUCCUGUCAUUCACCGCGGGGCAGACUCGACACACCGCACUGACAUAAGGCUCCUUGGAGAUAGAGGAAUGCAAAUCUGCAACCAUGAUGGAAGGAUUGAAAAAACGUACCAGGAAGGCCUUUGGGAUACGGAAGAAAGAGAAGGACAAUGACUCCACGGGGUCCCCAGACAGAGACGGGGGUUCUCAGAAGAAGACCAACGGGGCCACAAAUGGUUUCUCCGGAGAAAUCGACUGGGACAGAUACAACUCUCCGGAGGUGGACGAUGAGGGCUACAGCAUCAGACCUGAAGAAGAGUCAGAAGAGGGAGCUACCACCAAGAAGGCCCACUUCUUCUCCUCUGACGAGUCGGAAGGCGAGGAGGACCACAAGAAAAAAUUCAAGAUCAAGAUCAAGCCGCUGCCAGCCGAUCAAGUCAAGUCGACGCCGUCAGUCGACGAGCUCAAAGCCUCCAUAGGCAACAUAGCUCUGUCUCCGGUUCCUCUGAGGAGUCCGAGACGUAGCCCGGGUUUGAAAAGGAAUACUUCCAGCGAGGAGAUCGCCAGACCGAGACGCGUCGUCCCCGCUGUUCCCACUGUGGCCCCCAAACCGGCUGCAGCACCACAACCCCCCAGCAGUCGACAAACACCAGUCCCCGAAGACAACACGGCCUUAUUUGGGCCUCCCCUGGAAACCCCUUUUGGAGAACAGAAAGCUGAAGUGGUUCUGUCUGAGUCCGAUGCGUGGGGUGCUCCUCUGUCAGAGCCAGAAUCCUCUUUGACAAGGUCCUUCCCAACAGGAACGCCUCCUCCACUUCCACCCAAGAACGUCCCGACCACUCCCCCGACGACUGGCCCUCCCGCUGCAGACGACGCAGAGGCGUCGGCGGGCGGCAGGAAGCCCUCGAUAGCAGACUUGGACAACAUCUUUGGACCGGAGCAGGCCCAACCUUUGCCCGAGGACACGGGUGACACGUGGGUCUGCUUCAGCGAAGACUCGUCUAAGCAGCCGCCUCUACCAAAGGACCCUGCCCCUCCACUCCAUGCCUCCCCGCCUCCUCCAGAGGAUCCAGCACCUCCAUUACCAGCGUCCCCACCUCCACCUGAAUCUCCGGCCCCUCCCUUACCUACAUCACCACCUCCUCCAGAGGACCCCGCACCACCUCUCCCGACCUCCCCGCCUCCAAACCACGACACUGUUCCCCCUCUACCAACCUCCCCGCCUCCCUCAGAGGACCCCGCCGUACCUCCCGUCCCUUCAGGCCCUCACACGCCUGAAGACCGAAAUCCUCCAACAACCGCCACCUCUCCACCCCAUGCGCCACCAAAAGAGCUUGCAUCUCCCCCCGCUUCCUCUCCCCCUCCUCUCAACUCACCUGCCAGCGUCCCACCAGCCUUUGCUCGUAAAGCAAGCACCCCUCCAGCAGUGAGUCCUCCUACUGAGGAACCGGCAACACGCGCCGUCCCACUACCCCUUGUCCUGUCUCAAGAGGGGCAGCCCAGGAACACGGACGUCGACCAACCCAAAGAGGACGCAGGUGAAACUGUCAGCUCGCCCAAAGACGCCAGCCAGGGGAGCCGGAGCACGCCUCCCCCACCGCCUCCACCCACAUAUCGGGCAGUGGUGUCGUCACCUGGUCCCACAUCUGGCGCCGGUGGCACGACGAGCGGUUCCUCCUCUCCCGUUCGACCUUCGACUCCUUCGUCAGUCAACCCCACCCCACCACCGCCUCCACCUCGCCCGGCUUCACGGCCUAAACUUCCACCUGGGAAACCCACUGUGGGAGAUCCGAAUCGCCCGUUCAGCCCGCCGGUCCACUCUGCUGCCAGCCCCCCUCCCAUCGCCCCGUUGGCGCGCGCCGAGAGCACCUCCUCCAUCUCCUCCACGAACUCAAUGAGUGCUGCCACCACCCCCACCGUCGGCAAAGAGCUGUCCGUGUCCGUGUCAGAGAAUGACCAGCCAUCCCUUGUAUGGUUUGACAGAGGGAAGUUUUAUUUAACCUUUGAAGGCUGCUCCAGAGGGCCCAGUCCUCUCACCAUGGGGGCUCAGGACACUCUUCCAGUGGCGGCUGCAUUCACAGAGACGGUCAACGCCUUUUUUAAAGGAGCCGAUCCCAGCAAGUGUGUCGUGAAGAUCAUAGGUGAGAUGGUUUUGUCGUUUCCGGCGGGAAUUACGCGGCACUUUGCCAAUAACCCGUCCCCCGCCGUGCUAACCUUCAGCAUAACCAACUACAGCCGACUGGAGCA